AUGAAUACUUUAAGUUGGAACUGUUGGGGGCUUGGGAACCCCCGUACAGUUAAUGCACUAAAGAAAUUAGUGCAAGCUGAAGCUCCCAGUUUGGUCUUCCUCAUGGAAACCAAACUUCCUUUGAAAUCCAUGAAACGAAUGUCCAACAUUAAACACUCUCUUGGAUUGACACAAGGUUUGGUAGUCCCAAGUGAAGGAAAGAGUGGUGGAAUUGCACUGCUUUGGAAACCAGAGACUAAUGUUCAUAUUCAAUCUUUCUCUCGGUGGCAUAUCGAUGCUGUCAUUGAUUCUGGGAGCUGUAUUGGGAAGUGGCAUUUGAUAGGUUUCUAUAGCAACCCCGAUACAAGUGGUAGGCCAGAGUCAUGGGCUCAUCUUUCUCAACUUGCUACAGUUAAUAAUCUCCCUUGGAUGUGUGUGGGGGACUUCAAUGAGAUCCUCAGUGUUACGGAAAAACAGGGUGGGUCGAAUAGGCCGAGUAUGCAGAUUGAAAAUUUCCGGCAUUGUAUCGAUACUUGUGGGUUGAAAGAUAUUGGAUAUUUCGGUUCAUGGUUUACGUGGAGUAUGUUUAGAAAUGAUUUGGGUUGGAUACGGGAAAGACUUGAUCGCGUGUUUGCAACAACAGAGAGGCUAAAUUUGUUUCCAAAUGCGAGACUACACCACUUGGCUUCCUUUGCUUCUGACCACUAUGCUUUAAUGUUGAGGAUUAGUUCUCAAAGGGUACAGCGAAAGAAGCCAAAAAAGCUCUUUAGAUUCGAAUCCAUGUGGCUUAAAGAUGAUAGGUGUGGCGCGAUUGUGGAAGAAGCUUGGGCUGAAGGUUCACUUAAGGGUGUAGAAAAUAAUUUUGUGGCUUGUUUGGAUUCAUGCCGUAUGGCUCUAACCAGAUGGAAUAUUCGGGAGUUUGGACAUAUUGGGAAAAAAUUGGCAAAGGCACAAGACUUACUCCAAGCUUUAAAGGAGAGAGCAGUGGGGUUGUCAAACACAUUAGAGGUAUGUCAGCAGAGGGCAGAAGUGAACCGCUUGCUUGAUCUAGAGGAAAGGAUGUGGAAAGGCCUCUAG